GGGACGGCAGAUAGACGUGUUUUUUGUCAACAACAAUGGCGGCCAAUUCGAAUAAGGAAACGAAUUUAUCUGAUGGUGGAAAAUGGUAUGAAAAUACACCUACUGACACAGAUCAGCUUUUGAGUUUUGAGAAGCUUGAUAGAGCGUCUCCGGAUUUGUGGCCUGAACAAAUUCCUGGUGUGUCUGAAUAUGCAGCUGAUAAACUGCCUUCAUCACGAACAAACAGCCCGCCAAAAUGGAUGGCAGAUUUAGAAAAUGAUGAUAUCAAUUUAUUACAAGAAUUUGGAAGUUUAACAACAUCACAGCUGAUGGAGAAAGUAAGGGGCUUACAGAACCUAGCAUAUCAGCUUGGGCUUGAUGAAGCAAGAGAAAUGACGAGGGGAAAGUUUUUACAAGUUCUUCAGAAACCAAAGAGAAACUGAUGAUCCAAAGGAAAAAGAGUUUCUUACAAGUGCAAUAUUAUAUUUAGUAUGUGAACCUGCUGAUGGUAACAAGGUCAGGAACCACAAGGCAGAGCUAUUAUGAUACGUCACUGAAGUGUCUUGUGACAUUUUUGUAACCAGCAAAAGAGGGAAUUGUGGAGUGUGAACGAGACUAAAAUGACCAAUUUUUGCACCAAAAAAAAAACAAGAAUCAUUUUCAUUCACGUAAAAUGCGGAGAUAGGAGUUUAUUUUCUUGCAACAAUUUUACUAGAACUGCAAGAAGAACCAUGGUCUAAAGAUCAUUGACAACAGUAGAACAGUUUUGAUGUAUUUUUAAACAGUAAGUUGUUCUCAAUUGAUUUGUAGUUUUUGUUUGAAUUCACUUUCUAGCUCAUGAAAAUUAUUUGUUUAAAAAAUGCCUCCGCUGUAACAAAGUUACGUUGCCUUAUUUGAAUUUAAGCCUUUUUACCAAUGAUUUCUGAUUAUACAGUACACAGUCUUUUACAUCAUAUGGAUAUGUGUCCGAAGUACAAUAGUACCCCCUCUUACUGUCACUGUAUGGUCAUAUGUUACUUGACAGUGCAGGUCUAAGUCAACUUUUCUAAACAAUUUAAAACUGUAUUCUAAGAAACUUGUGAUCUUGUCUGAAAGCAAGGCAGGAAGUUGUACCGAGAAUCUAAUUGUAACAUUCAUGCUACUUUGUUGCUGAUGUUGAUUUUGCUUAAAGCCAUCUUUUAUGUGUCAGAGACUCCCUGAUGCAUAGAGUUUGGACUGUCCAUCAUUUCACUUUUUGUACUAGACUGCAGUGCUCGUGCAGUUUUUAGCUUACCAUCAUCAGAUGGUGGGCUAUUCAAAUCACUCUGCGUCCGUGGUCCGUCCUUCCGUUAACAAUUUCUCGUUAUCGCAUCGCCUCAAAAACUACUGGGGGGAUUUUGACUAAACAUUGUCAGAAUGAUGUAUUGGUACCCUAGUUGUGUCCUCCUGAAAAUCAGACUGGUUCAACAAUUUUUUAGUGAGUUAUGGCCCUUUGUUUUUAUAAUUUACAUAGAUUUAUACAAGGAAAAUCUUUGAAAAAGCACAGGGCCUAGGGCUUUGAUAUUUGGUAUGAAGCUUCAUCUGGUGGUCCUCUACCAAGAUUUUUCAAAUUAUCUCCCUAGGGUCAAAUAUGGCCCCACCCCUGGGUCACAUAGACUUGUAUAGGGAAAAACUUUGAAAAUCUUCUUGUCCAAACCACAAAGCCUAGGGCUUUGAUAUUUGUAAUGUAGCAUCAUCUAGUGGUUCUCUACCAAGUUUGUUCAAAUUAUCCCACUAGGGUCAAAUAUGGCUCGCACUGGGGUCACAUGGUUCAUAUAGACUUGUAUAGGGAAAAGCUUUUAAAAUCUUGUCAAUAACCUACAACAUUCAGAUUUGGACCACAUAUAUAGUUUUGAGUGGCAAGAUGAACCUUGACAUGAGUUGACCUUGAUUUUGACCUAGUGACCUACUUCCACGCCCACAGCCUUCAAAUUUGGACCACAUGCAUAGUUUUGUGCGCCAAAAGAAACUUUGACCUUGACAUUGAUCUAGUGACCUACUUUCACAGUUUUGAAGGUACAGGCUUCAAAUUUGGACCACAUGCAUAGUUUUGUGUUCCAAAAUGAAAUUUGACCUUGAUUUUGACCUAGUGACCUACUGUCACAUUUCUCAAGCUACAGCCUUCAAACUUGGACCACAUGCAUAGUUUCUUGCACUGGAAAAAAACUUUGACCUUGACAUUGACCUAGUGACCUACUUUCACAUUUUUGAAGGUACAAGCUUCAAAUUUUGACCACAUGCAUAGUUUUGUGUUUCGAAAUGAAAUUUGACCUUGAUUUUGACCUAGUGACCUACUUUCACAUUUCUCAAGCUACAGCCUUCAAAUUUGGAGCACAUGUAUAGUUUUGUGUACCGAAAUGAAUUUUGAUCUUGAGAUUGACCUAGUGACCUAGUUUCACAUUUCUGAAGCUACAGGCUUCAAAUUUGGACCACAUGCAUAUUUUUGUGUUCUGAAUUGAAAUUUGACAUUGAUUUUUACCUAGUACCUACUUUCGCAUUUCUCAAGCUACAGCCUCCAAAUUUGAACCACAUGCUUAGUUUUGUAUACCGAAAUGAACUUUGACCUUGAAAUUGAUCUAGUGACCUACUUUCACAUUUCUCAAGCUACAGAUUUCAAAUUUGGACCACAUGCACAUUGUUGUGUAUGGAAAUGAAAUUUGACCUUGAGCUAGUCUUGAAAUUUGGAACAUUCAAAAAUGGCUCAAUGGUGGGUGCCAAGAUCUUUCUGUGAUCUCUUGUUAUGCAGUUCAAAUGAAAUUUUGUCGGGACUUUCAUGUCCAAUUUUCUCGAGUAAUGGGAUUUUUUUACACAUAAAAAAUAUUACACCUAUGUAUUUAGUUUGUGUACUCUACUCCUACUACAGUUUCCAUCAAAUUCAUAUGGAAGUUUGUAUACAUCAUUAACAUGGAAAGGUCAUACACACGUUUUUUGGACUUUCAGGUUACUUUUUUUUUUUUAAGUAUUAUUCUGUCAAGCAUUUGUCAUACAGAGUUUACACAUUCUUGUUAUAUAUAUAUAUAUAUAUUUAUCAUUAAA